GUUGUAUUUGUGAUAGUGUACUUAUAUUACAUGCUCAACAGAAAGUCAAAAAUAGCUAACAUCGACGAGAAAUAUGUGCUUAUAACUGGUUGUGAUAGUGGAUUUGGGCGAGCAAUAGCUGAAAGAUUAGAUCAAGUGGGUGUCAAUGUAUUCGCUGCAUGCUUAACAGACUCCGCUGUUAACGAAUUAAAGGCUCAUUCUAAGAAGAUAAUUCCAUUCGUACUCGAUGUUACAAAUAGCGAACAAAUUAAAAAUUCAGUGGCUCUAGUAAAAAAGAAGUUACCAGAUGGAAAAGGAUUAUGGGGCCUUGUUAAUAAUGCUGGAAUCGCAGAUUCAGGAUUUAUCGAAUGGUUACCGAUGGAAACAUUUCGUAAAGUCGCUGAUGUAAAUUUAUUUGGCUUAAUCGAGGUUACAUGCCAGUUUCUACCGUUAAUCAAGAAAGAGAAAGGUCGAGUAGUAAACAUGGCAAGCUUGGCUGGUAUCCAAGCACCACCAGUUGCAGCGCCAUAUAGUAUCUCGAAAUUUGGAUUAGUAGCAUUUACUAAUACAUUAAGAUUUGAGAUGUUAGCAUUUGGUGUUAGGGUCUGUUGUAUUUGUCCAACAUUCUUUCGGACAAACAUUCUCGAUACUGAAAAGUUAGUAACUGGAAUGAAUACCCUAUUCGAAGCUGUAAAUGACGAAGUAAAAGAAAGUUAUAAAGAUGUUCCAGAGAAAGGUAAGUGUACGAAUAUCGAU